UUAUAUGAAUAAGCAAUGAGGCAGGAGAAUAAGUUCGGUUCUUCCUGCCUCCUGGUGAUCAUUAGUAUUUUAUUCAAGCCUACAGAGACAGUUCCCGUGAAUGCCUUUGUAAGUUUGUUCUAUUUCAACAGCACCAGUAACAGGUCUGUGUCUGAGCAGUGUGAAUGUGGCCUGUACGGGUUAAGCUCCCCCCUGCUCAGCGCUCAGGGGUCUGUGGCCAUUCCUAGAGCUGCUAACCUUCAAGCCUGUGACUCAAACACUCAGUUCACCAUCACGGAACCGCCGUGGAUAGCACUGAUUGAAAGAGGCAAUUGCACUUUUGCUGAAAAAAUAAAGGUGGCUGCCAGAAGGGGUGCGACAGCAGCUGUGAUCUACAACGCACCGGGCAAAAGCAGUUACCCCAUUCCGAUGUCGCAUAUCGGUGCAGGAAGCAUUGUUGCAAUUAUGAUUGGCAACCUGAAAGGCAUGGAGAUCUUACGCCGGAUCGAGAGUGGCAUGAAAGUGACAAUGGUUAUUGAAGUGGGGAAAAAGCACGGUCCUUGGAUGAAUCACUACUCCAUCUUCUUUGUCUCAGUGUCAUUUUUCAUUGUCACAGCAGCAACCGUGGGUUACUUUAUUUUUUAUUCUGCUCGGAGAUUCAGGAUCACGAGGGCCCAGUCCAGGAAACAGCGACAACUGAAGGCUGAAGCUAAGAAGGCCAUUGGACAGUUACAGCUGCGCACCCUGAAGCAAGGAGACAAGGAAACUGGUCCUGAUGGAGAUAGCUGUGCUGUGUGCAUUGAGCCAUACAAGCCAAACGAAGUAGUGCGUAUCCUGACAUGCAACCAUCUCUUCCACAAGAACUGUAUUGACCCCUGGCUUCUAGAACACAGGACAUGCCCAAUGUGCAAGUGUGACAUACUCAAAGUUCUGGGUGUUGAGGUGGAUGUAGAAGAUGGGACAGAGUCUGUGCAAGCUACAGUAUCCAGUGGGACAUCAAAUGUCACUUCAAUUAACGAAGAGGAUAGUCGUAGUGAAACUGCAUCAUCUGGAUAUGCUUCUGUACAAGGAGUAGAUGAAUCUGUUCUGGAGGAACAUGCGCCAUCAGAAAAUGAUAACACGCAUCUUGUAAAUAAUGAAUCCCAACCUUCAGCUGUGAAUGUUCCACCCCUUGACAACCCAACUUUUGAGGGAGAUGAAACGCAAGUUCAUGAAGUCAAGUCCUAAGAAUAUGCCCAGCAACAUGGUGUAAGCCUUCUGCAAGGAGCUGCCUACUGCAAUCACGUAUAUACAGAACAUUGUAAGAAUCCAGUGGAUGACUGUAGCAGCGAUGUUGCCUUGGAAAUGCUGAGAUCAAAUAGAUUUAAAUCAUGAUUAUAUGGUUUGCAAUUCUUAAAACUGCAUCUCCCAUGUGGAAUUUAGUUUUAGCACUCUUCAGAUAAAGCUGUCUUAAAUAUAAAGAAAACGUCAGAUUGUAACACUAAAACAAAAGUUCCAUCUUCAGCAAAGCUUCUCUUCAGCAUUUGAGUUCCUUUUAUAAGGAGAACAUUCUUUAUGUAGUAGCUGUCUCUACUGGUAAUUGUUUUGACUUGUUUUUUUUGUUGUUUAUUGUUUUUAAUUCAAGUGGAUUCUCAUUGUAAACAAAUAGAUUUUGAUCUGGUCUAAUUCUUAUUUACCAGACACAGUUUUUCAGUUUAAAGCAACGCUGUAUUUAAUAUUUCAGUGCACUAAUUUGGUAGGAGAAAGUACAGAGUAACGUCUGUCAAACCGGAUUUUUCCCACAGUGUCUUUGGUUAUCUGGUGAAGAGAGUGACUCUUGACCUCUCCACUCCAAUCCACCUACCACAUAUUUCCUAAAGGGAAAAAGAGGGCUUCAGGCUAACAGGCCAAAUCUGACUUGCACAAUACUGUAAAGGGAACAAAUGCAGGAACUUUUCAAACCUGAUGAUAUUAGUCUGAAAGAUCCUAUAUGAUUUUUGGAGUUAUAACCAUCUCUAGCAGCAGCAAUAUGCAAGAGUCCUGACUUUGUGGAAGUCUGGGAUGGCUUCUGGAAGACUUGAACUAAAGAUGAAAAGGUAGAUCCUUUUCAAAGGAUCUGCUGUGUCUUGUUCAGGCAACACCUAGGAAAGAACCCAGUCUCUGAAAAAUGGUGGACUGUUGCUGUGCAGUGUCUUGCAUGUGUGCUAAAGCUGAUGUCCUGUAAAUGUAACAUGAUUGGAAAAGUUUUCUGCCAUCUGUGGGGAGUUGAAGGGGUCGGGGAGGAACACUGGAUACUUCAAUAUUAAGUUUAGGGCCUUGCCCAUCAAAGGUAACUGAGGACAUCUUACAGAUGCACUUUAUUUUUUUAUCUCUGUAACUAUGGUUUGUUUCUAAUGUUAGCAGAGCUUUGUCUUAAAGCCUGCAAUAAGGUACUAUUAAAUCUGCAGGGGAAAAGCAAUGCCUUUUCUUAUCUAUAGUAUAAUUAAAAAUGUUGUAAAUAUUUCAUGAUUUGUAUUGAAUUUGAAUAUGAAAAUGUAAAUAAAACUAUAUUCUGAUGA